CAGAAAAGGAAGGGGGAGGGUGGAAACACGUGAAUUUGGUUUUCAGCUAAAAGGUUCUUCUCAUUUUUUUCUCAGGUGAAUGUGCUGUUGUUGCUACACAGAGACCUGGGAAGCUCAGGUGUUGUGUACUUAAAUCACAGUGAUUUUUAACUAACCUUUUUAACUAAGUUCAAGAAAAAGGACCUUCCAUCAGAAGAACUGAUUGCAGCUGGUCCUGGUAACUCCUAAAGCUCAGCCUCUGAAAAGUGGAAUCUCCAGCCAGAACUGAUAAGCUAACUGGGUAGUAUUGUGGGCUACAUGUAUUAUAUUUUUCGCCUUAUUUCAAACCAUCAGUUUCCUUGCUGCAUUGAAAGGGAAAUAAUGCUCCAUUCAACAUUGGCCUUGUCCCUCCUGCUAAUUGCAGUCUCUUCCAACCUUGCAAUGGCAAUCAAAAAGGAAAAACGAGCACCUCAGACACUGUCAAGAGGGUGGGGAGAUGAAAUUACCUGGGUACAAACUUAUGAAGAAGGGCUUUAUCAAGCAAAAAAAAGUAACAAGCCACUGAUGGUAAUUCAUCAUUUGGAAGACUGUCAAUACUGCCAAGCACUGAAGAAAGCUUUUGCAGAAAAUGAAGAGAUACAGGAAAUGGCCCAAAAUAACUUCGUUAUGCUGAAUCUCAUGCAUGAAACCACAGAUAAAAAUUUGUCACCUGAUGGACAAUACGUGCCUCGAAUCAUGUUCGUAGAUCCAUCUCUCACAGUAAGAGCUGAUAUCACAGGAAGAUACUCCAACCGGCUUUACACUUACGAACCACAAGACAUACCAUUCUUAAUAGAGAACAUGAAGAAAGCACUACGCCUCAUUCAGACAGAACUGUAACCAGUAACAGUGAAGUGACCAUAGCCUCUACGAGGUGAAGCUGCACUAGGAAACCUAACAUUUUAAAAUAUUUUAGUUAAUCUCUCUGUCUCUACUAGCAUUCUGAACACUUACCAAACAGCUUUGGUAUAUCAGAUUUCAUAAGAAAUUUAUAUGUACAAUUUGAAGAACAAACAUAGGAAGACUAUUGUGCCCAUCUGGAAAACAAGGGGAGAAAUCUAUUAAACACUGAAAUUAGUUAUCUGAAUAACUGAAAGUGACGGUUUAAGGUACAGCAACUUCAAACUGUAUUUUCUCAAUCCAACUAUGACUUUAAGUCAUCUAUGACUUCUGAUUGAGAGUUAUAAGAAAUCUUUUUGAUGACUAUUUGAGUUUGUUAUAUAAGUUAAUAGCUGCAUCUUGGCUCCUAAUUUUUAUUUUUAUUGCAAGAAGCUUGUAAAUUGCUAGCGUAAUUCAAGUGUAACUAUGCACUUAUUUCUCAUUAAAGGAAAAGAAACUCUGCUGGAAAAUCAGACAGGAAGGCUCUUCCUAUAGAUUUUUGGAAUAGCUUAUAUAGAAAAAAAAUCAGCAAUCUGGGCUUAGCUUUCUUCUGUAUAAUUUUUUUAACUGAUAGCUGAAAACAGAAUAGACAUUUCACACUGAGCAUGUGGUCUCAGUGAGGUGAUAAUCAUCAGAUCGCAACUACAGAUUUUGCUAUGAUAAAGAUACAGUGAAGCAAGAGAGGUGGAAGGAGAUAGUCACAGAACUUCACACCUGAGGGCAAAUGAUGCUUGUAAAUUCUGGUAUGGGAAAAAUGAAUGGGCUUGUCCUAGCUCUUUUCAUUUAAAUCACAUUGAGUCAUGUGAAGCUCAUCCCAGGUCAUCCCCUCUUUUUCUGUAGCAUCCCAACCCAGACAUCACAGAGGCAGUUAAGUGAGGGGAUCUGUACAUACAAAAUCUUCACAAAAUUUCCCCAGGGUUGCUGUAUGCAAGGGCAGACACCGUUUUGAGUAAAAAGCUGAAGUCUGUUGAAAUAGUUUGUCAUCCCAGCAACGUGCUUUUCCAUCAGAGCAAGAUAGCAAGAAAUUCAUCUGUACUAAGAGCAUGUACGUAAUAUUAUGUGCUAAGAACCAGUAUCACUUGUUUGUGCUACCUGAAGAAAGGAUCUUUGCAGUACAGCUUUGCUAAUUUGCAAUACCUACUAUUAAUUUGUCAUGAAUGAGUUAUAUUGCACCUGUCUUCACAAUUAUGUAAAAUUUGGAUAUAGGCAUAAAUUCCAACAGAGUGGUGAUGACGUACACUAAGAGAAAAAAAUGCUUGUAUUAGUCAUUAACAAUAUACUGUCUUCAUAAUCAAUUAAAUGAUUUUUUUAACCUAUGGGAAAAUGCUAGAAACAAAAUUAAACUGGUAAUCACAUUCCUUUGA